CGUUGUUUUCGGCGUUCUGGAAAAGUUUUCUGUCGGCGUGCGUGAUAUAUUGUUCAAAUAGUAUCCAUGUUUUGAAGUGAAAAUAAGUUGUAAAAUACAUGUAAAGUGGAGAAAAUCCAACCGUUUUAGUGUACAAAUGUACGGUGGCUGGUAGCCAUGAUGAUGGAGAACCUGGAUCACGUAUAUUGCAACACCGCAUCCACCGAUGUCGGCAAUAAGGACUCGUCCGAACAAAUGAGCCUUUUCAAAGAGGUCAAACAGUUGCAAUCUAUACUAUUGCUUCACCUGGAUCUGAUCCAGGAGCAAAGCGACCAGAUUCUGGCCAAAGAUAAGCUAAUUAUUAAGCUUAAAGAUGAAAAUGAAAUGCUCAAACAUCAGCUGGAACUAGUCAACAAACGAAUGCAGCAAAUGAAGCAACAAAGGGAACAGCGGGAAAUGUGCAUUCCCGUGAGAAAUGUUGCUGUUGAUUACAACAGCAGAUUUAUAUCCAACAUCACCACAGAAGCUCCAUCGCGCGAUAACAUUCCGGAAAUGACAAGUGCUAUUGGAAGUAUUAAGAAGGAAGUCAUUUCCAGUGAGUAUGAUCACUUCGAUGCAAUAUGCCAUGAUUUUCCCGGCAAUUUAGAGUCUGACAUCAAAAUUGAGAACAAUGAAAUUGAAGGGGAAAUUUUCCUUAACUACUCCAAAUCGGACGACGAAUCUGUUCCUUCAAACGACGGUCCCACAAGCGAAGAUAAACCGACAGUGGAAGAAGUGGGUUUUCAUAACUCGUCCCCAAACUACGGCGUAACAAUUUCACCACCGCUUGCAGCAGUGGAAGACGAAGCGGAAUCCAAAAACGAUGUAAACAAUUCACAACAUCUACUAACUAAAGAUGCCGUUUCUGGUAGUGAUGAAGCUUCGAAAAACAGCAAUUACAAUCCCAUUUUCUCGUCAGGAAAUUCAUCAGACGGUAGUUUGAUAAAGAAAUCAUGUCAGACAUCGUUUAUGGUGACAAAAAAGCCGUACAUUACGUGCAACUGGAAAGACGAAGCAAUCACGAGCGAUUUGGAGCGACUGCUUGAGAACGAAGCGGCAGAGCUGGAAGUACCGUGUUGGACAGUGAUCGAUGAUACUUUUGAUAGCGCUUCAAGCUCCAGUGAAACGACGGAAAAUGUCAGCGACGAGGUUUAUAUGAAAAGGCAUGCAAAAUUUGAGCUGGACGAAAGGCGUCGCAAAAAGUGGGACGUGCAACGGAUUCGGGAACAGAAAACAAUCGAACGGUUGAAAAAACGUCAUCUGAAAGCCGAUGCUGACAAUGAGCAGAAAAUUGUUGGCUCCUUCUACCCGCCCAUCGAAUCGAUCAAAUAUAUUCAGAUCACCGAGGAUAUACCUGUACAAGCGUUCGGUGAGCUGAUUCCAGUGCUACCCACAACUGGUUUUAGUCUACCGUGGAUGACAGCUAGCGUCGAGACGACCGAAAGUGUCACCCCUUCGGAGUUUGGACCAGGUCCGCUGUUCAGCGCGGCAACUGGUGUACCUGCUGCAACAAUGACGACCCCAGCAGGUAACCCAUCAACACCAGGCUCCCACGAAAUGAAAACAAAAUUCCUGCAUCGGCUGGCACCGAAUGUGAAUGCACAAAAACAGCGGUUUACGAAGCGUGUAAAGAAGGAAACAUAGAAGCGUAAUGGUAAGGAAAUUAAGUGCUUUCAAAAUUGACUCGACCAGGAUUUUAAUUUUGUAUGACAAAUUCGAAUCCAAUAAGAAUGGCUCUGAUUAGAUUAGGGUAAGCAUAUACAGGAAUAAAGAAGUGUAAAAUUGUGUGCCACUGUUCACCCGUUAGUUCUCCGAAAGCCUUGCAUGUUUCGUAAGAUGUACCUAUGUGAGGUUGAACGAUGAGAGUAGAAUUUAGUGAAUGGUGCAUUUGAAAUCUAGAAAUAAGAAGAAAAAAUGUAUGUAUAUAUCGGAUCGAUUUAAGCUAAAUAUCUAUUUUUGAAUCAAAUUUAUUAACUUUUAGAAUUUUAAUAUUGAUUACUAUGACUAUGUAUCUAACCAAUCAUCCUAUGGUCAUCGAAUAGUUUUGCACUACACAGUUCUAGCAAUGAUCAGAAAACAUUGUGGAAGAAAGCCUGUACCUCAACACGGCUUUUGACAAAUAGGGUCUUUUGAGUAUAAAUGUUUACCAAUUUUUUAAGUUGUGAAAAUUGUAAAUAGUAAUAGUUUUGUGUUGGUUUACGGUUGACAAUACAUUUUUUGAUAUUAUA